CCCCGAGCCCCAUUCCUACUGGUCGGGAGAGGACCGCCCCUUUGCUGCCCCGCUGCCUUCUCCCUGCCAGCAGCUGCUGAGCUGAGUGGAGAAACCUGUGUCUGCGCCAGCUCCGCCCCUGCUGCCGCCUUCCCCCAGCUGCGAGGCCCCCGGGGCUUUUGGAGGCCGGCGGCGCCUGGAUGCGCAGCGCUGGAGAGGGGCGGCCGGAGCUGCGGGGGGAGGCAGCUGGACCAGCCAGAGGACACCCGUCUGUUAGAACAGCCAGCUAAUAACUUUAAGGCAAGUGGUGGAAGUCUAGGCAUUGGAUGUAGCGGAUCUGGCUCUGCCUCCUGUUGAUGAGAUAAGGAUGAUGCUCUCCGUCAUUUUCCAGGUGACCUGCAGCCUGACUGCCUGGCUCUCCCUCUACGCCAGUUUCUGCUAUUGGAAUAAGCACCGUACUUACGAGUGGAGCUGCCGGCUGGUCACUCUGAUGCAUGGGAUCAUUGUCACCUGCCUCUCUGGCUACGUUGCUCUUAUCGAUGGCCCCUGGCCUCUAACUCACGCAGGGACGCCAAACACGCCUCUCCAGGUCCGUGUGCUGUGCCUUACCUUGGGUUACUUUAUCUUUGACCUCAGCUGGUGCAUGUACUUCAAGACAGAAGGAGAUCUCAUGCUGUCUCAUCACACGCUGAGUAUUGGUGGCAUGGUGCUCGUGCUGGGGCUCGGCAAGUCAGCCACCGAAAUUAAUGCCAUUGUCUUCGUCAGCGAGAUCACCAACCCGCUGUUGCAGGCCCGCUGGUUCCUGCGGGAAACUGGGCACUACUACAGCUUCAUUGGGGAAGUGGUGGAUUUCUCCUUUGUGGCUCUCUUUAUAGUGCUGCGGAUUGGGGUGGGAGGCCAGAUCAUGUAUUCUGUGAUCGUCUCUUCCAGCCCCAUAUGGCUACUCAAGGCUGGAGGCCUGGCUAUGUACAUAGUGUCCCUGGGGUUCAUGGUUGAAAUCUGCAGCUUUGCUAGGAGAAAAGUGUUGAAAAAGUACCAUGCCUGGAGGAGUGUGAGCGGCGGGGUCGUGCCCCUGAAAACCAAUGGACAUCUGACACCUCAUUAACCUUGUGCUGAAUGGACUAAUGUAUCUAACCUGGCAAUAAGGGACUGGGAAUUCUGGCCUGGGCAGUCAAGCUCUGUAAGAGAGAACUGUUCAACACCAGCAAUAAUGUGAAAUGGACCAUUUAGUAUUGGCUGUCACAAGCUGGAUGAGCCGGAAUCAGACGGUGCUGCAGGUGUCUAGCAAAUGCUGAUGGGGAAAGGGAAUCCUACAGAAGGGUGUGACAGUACUAACUUCUCCAGCGGUCUCAAAAGGGAGGCUAGAUACCACUCGAGCUCUUCAGUCUGCUCCAGGCAAACUGCACAGUCCAGGCACACUUUGUAACAACUUACUUCUCGGAGGCAGUAGGUCUGUGGGGAGUCUGAUCUUCCCAGCUCUGUCAGCUGUGUGAAGUCGCUUGCCCUCUGCCUCACUUUCCCAAGCUACGCAAUAACAUAAUGCACACUUGGACGAGAGGCACUGCACGAAUGCCAAGUAUUUAUUGUGGUUGAGCCUGGUAUCUUUAGAAGCUAAGUUUUUUUUGUUUUGUUUUUUGUUUUUAAGGGAUGGGACUGCUGUUGGGCUAAUAACUGAGGCAACGUCUUUGCCCGGUUGCUUUUCGUGAAAUGCCUCUUGCCCUUAGUCUUGCUUCUGCUAUUGGUAUUUAUACUCACACAACCCAGUUCUGGUCUUAUUUGUAGCAAUGUAACUUCAGUGGAGUUACUCUGACGUUGCACUAGCAAAAGUGGGAUCAGAAUUGGGGCCCAUCUGCUCAGUACACUGCUUUGUAGAGAGGUGUUCCUGUGGCGUGGUUCUCCUUGGCCUUCUCAGCAAUGCGAGACAAUGGACUGAAGCCCACCCCUCACCCUGCUGCUAAAGGGAUCCUUUCAGGGGCAGGAUAAUAGAGGAGAAUCUUGUCCCCAGCCCAUACCUGCUCUGCAUAUGAACCAUCUCCAGAGGUGUGAAGCCAGAAUCUUUUGUGAGUGCUAAAGUCACAGGAAAACCAGACACUGUUUUGCAGGUGUGACAGUUAAAUGUCUGUGUGCAAGUGUGUAGGCUUCAAUGCAGUGUCCCUGCCCUGGAUCUGUCGCAGUGGGCUCCAGGUCUCAGGGGCACGUAUGUUUUAAUCUCCCUGCACUUGCACUUGAUUUCCCUCCGGCUUUACUGUGUGGAUUGCACUAUGCUGGAGACAGCAGCUCCCAUUUCAGCUCUGCUGUAAAACCUCUCCUGUUGCAGCUGAGGAACAAAUGGCCAGGUGUUGGCCUCAGGCUACAGAGGUUGAUUUCCCUGCCUGCUCUGAAAUUUCAUCAGGCUGGGAAGGGUGAGCCUUCCCCCUGCUCUAUCAAAGCCAUGGUAUUGCUGCUGCUGGGGGAGUUUGAAGGCAGGAUGAAUGACUAUAGUGGGGAAUACAGCUCCUGUGGUGAUCAAGGGUCUUCUACCCCUCACCCCCUUAUUCGGAGCCUAUUGUGGCUGCCCCUCUUUGCGCUGUUAUCUGCCUUGGGGUUGAGGGUGGGGGAAGUGGUGCAUGCUCCAUCCCCCAGUCACCUGAGUGCACAUGUGUGAGAGGUGGGGCAGUGAAGGAGUGUGUGUGGGGGGGGGGGGGGGGGAAUCUCAUGGGGGGGCAGGAAGGAAACCUGCAGUUGCAAUGAGAGAUGAAAAAUGAAGGGGAAUUGGAAGGAAAAGCAAGAGAAGGUGUGGCCUCAAAGGUGGUUCAAUAUAUUCUGAAUGUGUUACGGUUGGAAAUACGAAUGGAGUCUUCAAGGAAAUACACAUGCAAGUCAGCCGGAGCCCUCGGCUAUGCGAAGGUUGUGUGCCAGGACUAGCAUGAGUUAUGAACUUCUUGCCUGAGUUUGCUCCAGGCUGAAAAGAUUUGUAAUAAAGUGACUGUCUUUUGUAGCAUAAAUUUACUGUGCACAGUCUCUCUUUAAACGUGGGAUGGUAGGACCCAGGACUGCUGUGACUCAAGUUGUGGUUUGCUUGCUGACCUCUCUCCUAAAGCAAAUGCAUUGCCUUCACCUUCUAGCUGCUGUACUCCGGAACCUCUUUGGGUCCAGGUUUGUAGGGUAGGACUUAAUGGCCCAAGCAUCUGUGUGACAGAGGGGUAGGAACCAAGAGCUAGCACUCUGACCACUAUCCUCCACACACCCACACACACACACCCUGCUUAAUUAGGCAGCAGGCUGAUGAGCUAAUCAGAACCAUUAGCUAAAGGAGAACAGCUAAAGGAGAAGAAGGAAGUGAAAGAUGAAAAGGUUGGCGGGUGCAAGGGAUACAGGAUCUCAAGCAAGGAGACCUUUGUGUGUCAUGCUCCAGAGAGUGAGCUAAAGUGUCCACUUGUAGGUUGCUGCACAAGGCUGUACUGAUGAACGGGUGGAGAGGACAAACAGGUGGCUAUAAAACUAGGAAGCAUCCAGCCUGUUUUUGGUUGUCCAAAGGACAGAGGAGGUAGUCCUCUUACAAUCAGCUUUGGGACACCUCGACUCGCUCCUCAGCAGGGUCAAUACGGUUCUCAGAGCAAGUACUAUGCAGUGUGUGUAUAGGUUUUGGGGGAAGUCUUAGAGGAGACCUUUAAACUGAGGUUCUUGCUGGGCAGGAAAGGUCAUAUGGCUCUUUGCCUAAAGCAGAGGUCUUCUAAAAUGACCUUGUCUAAAAUUUGCUUCUUGUUCUGACUGUGCCCUGUGUUCCACUGCUGACUUCCAACCCAGAGUUGGCUGGUUUUUAGGAAAAUGCAUUUGGUAAAAUGCUUUGGAAGGGACGCUCACUUAACAUUAAAAAGAGGGACUAUGUGAGAGGCCUUUGUGUCCCAAUGCUAGCAGCCCUUUAUAGUUCUACAUAUUCUCUUGCAGGUGUAAGAAGAUUGGGAAGGGGAUGGUGCAUUAAGAGACUUCACCAACUCACAACUGCUGAUGGAUCUGAUAGUUUGACAUCACUAUCAAAUCACUCAAAAAAAUAGCAGAUUUAAUCUUUAAUAAAAACAAGCUUGUCCCCAGAACAAUGGGAUACAUGGCAGAUAAAACGGCAGGCUUUU